AUGGGCUGCAUGUCAUCCAAACCCGCCGGAACCUUGACCAUUUACUUGGACAAACUCACCCAUUUGAGUGAUGGAGAUUGGAUGGGCAAGACGGAUCCUUAUGUCACCUUCGUGGUCGAACAAGACAAUUGGGUCUUUGAUCACACCAUGGGCAAAUGCACAUCCACCAAGAAAUCGAAUGACUUGAAUCCUGUGUAUGGAGAAACCUUUACCAUUCCAGUGUCGUCCCUCAAGAAUUUGGUGCUCAAGGUCAAUGUUUAUGACGAUGACAUUGGAUUUGACGACAAGGUGGGUGCCUGCGAAAUCAAGGUGGACGAUUUGAUCAAACCCAACCAAGAGCCCAAAGCGGUUACUAAGGUCGUUGAUGAAAAGGCGGGAAAAUGGUUCUCCAAGGAUUCCAAGAUUCAUUUGAAGCUUUCGUAUACCGAGUAA